AUGCUUCUUCGGAUUCUGCAGCUAACACAGUUCACUGAAUUCAUAACACAAUCAGCAUAUUUCUACACGAUCCCUCCUGUGGCGGUGGUCAUAAUGAUUUUGCGGAGCAUGUACCGCCGAUUGAUACUCAUAUUUUCCCAAAAUGUAGAGGAGAUAUGGUCAUUCUGCAAUAGAACGACAUCAUGCAUGACUACCCAUGCAAAUGUGGGCAUGUUCACUGUUCAGUGCUUCGGCCACGGUCAUGAGCCUGAACUCCAUGUUCAGCCCUCUCCAAAAGCCUACCACAUCUUGAACCUGGUUGACCUAUUCUUAAUCGGGGCCUUUGUGGCUGUGUAUCUGACAUUACGCUAUGCUACAAUAAAAUCUAGCGUGCCCAUUGUCCGAGGGGUUGCCGCAGCCAUUCGAAUUAUGCUUGCUCAGAGUACACGAUGGAACGCGGGCAAGACAUCUAGCGAUCAGAACAUAUGCAAUAGUCACCCGAUCUCUACUGAAGCCAAAGAAAGCGAGUUAGCAUCCUAUAGAUAUCCGGCUCUUUCCGAGACAGUAAUGGAUAACUCUGAUGAACAUAGAACACAAGGUCAUCCGCUUCUGAUCAAUGACUCAGAAGCAAAUAGAGCUACGUUCACGGAAAGCAUGUUUGACAAUGCCCUCUUCAACAUAGCUCAGAUGAUAGAAAAGGCAACUUCUUUUAGCGUUAAGUCUGCGGCCCCAACACUCGAGGAAAUAGCAAUACAGAUGCUAACAGAGAAGACUAUGCUUUACAAAGAAGCCCUGUUUUGUUACACCGUUCCUGAGGUAAUUCAAGAGAUCGACCGUUCUCUGGAUAAUUCAUUAAAGAGCAUCAUCAGGGACUUACGUCAGAGAGAAGAUGUGCGCCCUGGACGAAGACUGCAAUCCUACGAUUUCAAUGCACUAGAGCAGCUCAAGAUACAUCGGACAAAUUCCCUUCUAUCUAGUAAUGAAGCCCUGAAAUCCCAUGCGACUGUACGGUUUGCAACUAUCAUGUUUUGCGAUAUCAAAGGGUUCACGUCUCUCAGUGAUAAGAUGCCACUCACGCACCUACUCAAGCUACUUGAGCAGUUCUUUGAAAUCGUCUGCGAUGAGACGGAGAAGCACAGCGGUAAGCUCGGCACAUACCUGGGAGACGGAGCGAUGUGUAUAUGGGAAGCCAGCACGCACUCUGGCCUCAAAGAGACAGGCUUAAAAGGACCAUACAUCAGCUCAUCAAGAAGUGUCAAUCAAGCCAGGUGCAUAAGCACGCUGGAUCAUUCCUCAGGGAUUUCCGACAUCAAUAGUGCCAUUGGCUCGUCAGCUCACAGAUCGCUUGCAUUCUCAUCAACGCCUAGCGGCCAGUUCUUUGACUCGUCUCUUGUCAGAGUAGAGCACGUUCGAAACUCUAUCAAUAGCGCGUGCUUGGCAGCUUUUGCCAUAUUACGACGAAUCCAACAAUCAGGCUCAGCAGACUUGAGAAAACUAGACUGCCGAUUUGGCAUCAAUGCCGGUGACUGCAUGGUUGGUGUCUUCGGGUGUUCAAAGAAGCUUAAUUACACUGCAAUCUCCGACACAGUCAAUGUGGCUAGUCGCAUAGAAACUGCUACACGAAUCUUCAACAGCAAGGUGCUCAUUCAUAGUCACUGUGUUCAGUAUCUUGGUCCAAAGAUAAAGGCGAGGUUCAUGGGGCAAAUCGAGGCGAAGGGAAAAGCAGAGCCCCUAAACCUUUAUGAAAUAGUCGAAGCGUCCCCAGAAUAUCAGGCACUUGUGGAUAUAACGAUGCAAGUACAGCUUCUGUAUGAAGCAGGGAAGGUCUUCGAUUGUCUCCAGCUCUGCUACGAAACUCUGGAUACUUAUCCCGGAGACGAAAUCAUCAAAGCUUAUGUUGACAAGUGCGUCAGCGAGCUAAAAAAUCCUCAGGUCUACAUACCUUUUUAA